UCUACGCUGUCCUAUUAGGGCCGAACACGCGCUCUUAGCGGUUCCGGGAGUAGGAGGGAUUCACUUCCGGCAGCCGGCCUUGGAGUCAUGGCCGCCUUCCUCCGAGCUGUGCCGCGGUCGCCAGGGCCAGCUGCAUGGGGAAGGCCUCUCCACGGGCUGUGGUACUGCAGUGGGCGGGAUCCUAGGAGGUGGGUGGGAAGCAGGCCACCAACCUCCAAGGAGAAACCACCCGGCACAGAGACAGAGACAUUUCAGAUGGUGUACCGGUUUGAUGCCAUCAGGUCUUUCGGGUACUUGUCUCGGCUGAAGGUGGCACAGACGGCCCUGACGGUGGUGGCCUUGCCGCCUAGCCUCUACUGGUACUCCCAGGGCCUCGUGACCUUCAACUCCCUGUGCCUGGCGGGCGGGAUCGCUGGCUUUGCCCUGGCCAUGUUGUGCUGGAUGAGCCAUUUCUUCCGGAGGCUGGUGGGCAUCCUGUACGUGAAUGAGUCGGGCACCAUGCUGCGGGUGGCCCACCUGACCUUCUGGGGCCGGCGACAGGAGACAUACUGCCCUGUGGCCGACGUGAUCCCCAUGACGGAAAGCCAGGAUCGGCCUCAGGAGCUGUUCAUGCGGAUCCAGCAGUACAGUGGGAAACAGACCUUCUACCUCACCCUGCGCUACGGACGCAUCCUGGACCGAGAGCGUUUCACACAGGUGUUUGGGAUGCUGGACAAGUUCAAGUGAACGGACAGGGGGCCUCCUGCAGGCAGCCUGAGGGUGUGGGCGGGGCUGAAGGAGGGGGUCGGGCAGCUGGAGACUUUGCCGGGGCCUCUGGGAACUUGUCUUUUGGGAUAAGGAAAUUCAUGAGGUAGAAGUAACUGGGUUUAGAAAGAGGCCCUGAGUGCAGAUUCUUAACUGCACUUGUGUGUGACAUUCAGAUAAUGGCCAGAAGUUUCUGUUAAGAGCCAGUUCUUGGAGGAAGCGAUGCCAAGCUCUCUCGAACAAUUACACUGCUGUGAAACCAAAGAGAGAGGUGGGGGGCGGGAGCCAGACGACUUGGGUCUGUCCGUUUCCAAAUCCCUGUCCUGGGGCAGGUUAUCAAGUCUCUCAGAACCUUGGUUUUCACAUCUUAAAGUGGAAAAAUCCUCCCUGUCUCCUGGGAUGGGUGUGAGAAUAAACAAUAAAUGUCAUUGUUAGUUCAGAGGUGAUGGCGCCGCAAAAGGCUUCCAGGCAAUGGGUAGGGAUUUCACCAGCCCUGUGCUGCGCCCCCUUGUGGACCCGGCGGCGGGGGGACCAGGAUGAAGCCUAGAGCUGGGUCGUUCAUCCUGCCAGCACGGUAGCUGCACAGCCACUGGGGCAAGGUUGUAAUCCGAGCAAGUUCACCGCCCAGAGGUCUAGGGGCUCUCACAUCAGAAGGCUUUGCAGUGUGAUAAAGUCAGAUGAACUAUAUGCUGGUGUGAUACUUUAUCAAAUAAAGCCAGUUAUAUGUAAUGUCCCCCGUAAUUAGCAAUAUGCUUAUUAUAUAAUUUGUAACAAAGAGGAAAGAAGUCAUGAUCUUUAAUUCUACCACUCAGAAGUCAAUAACUAAAUUUUGUUUUGUGACCUUCCAGUCUUUUUUUAUUUUCAAAUCGUAGUAAAAUAUAAACAUAAAUUUAUCCUUUUAAUCAUUUUAAGUGUACACUAAGUGGUAUUAAGUAUAUUUAGUGUUUUGCAACCAUCACUUCUCUCCAUUUCCAGAACUUUUUCGUUAUCCCAACCAGAAGCUCUGCACCCAUUAAAUAGUAACUCCCCAACACCCCGUUUCUCCAGCCCUUGGCAACCACUAAUCUGCUUUCUGUGUCUAUGGAGUUGCCUGUUGCGGAUAUUUCAUGUAAAUGGAAUCAUCCGCUGUGUGGCCUUUUAUGUCUGGCUUCUUUCAUUUGGCGUAAUUUUGCAAGGUUUACCCAUGUUGUAGCAGGUAUCGGACUUCAUUCCUUUUUUAUGGCGGAAUAAUAUGUAUAUAGCACAUUUUGUUUAUCCAUUAAUCUUUUGAUGGACAUUUUGAUUGUCUCCACCUUUUGGCUGUUGUGAGUAAUGCUGCUGUGAACAUUGGUGUACAAACAUCUGAGUUUCUGCUUUCAAUUCUUUUGGGUAUUUUCUGAGAAGUGGAAUUACUGGGUCAUACGGUAAUUCUAAGUUUAACUUUUUGAGGACCUGCCAACCUUUUCCAUAGUGGCUACACCAUUUUAUAUUCCCACCAGCAAUGCAUCAGAGUUCCAAUUUAUCCACAUCUUUUUUUUUUUAUAUAUAAUAGCCAUCCUAAUGGUGUGUAUCUCACUGUGCUUUCAGUAUUUACUUAAAACAUAGAUGUUAUCCUGUAUCUGAAAUUGGCUUUUUUUUGCUUCAUGUUAUAACAUAGGACUACGUCAGUUAUAAACAUUCAUUUAAAAUAUUCAGUCACAAGGAAGAAACCUUGUGACUAUGUGAGAUGCUGGAUGUUAACUUACUGUGGUAAUCAUUUUGCAGUAUAUACAUAUAUAAAUCAUGUUGCAUACCUUAAACUAAUACCAUAUUGUAUGUCAGUUAUAUCUCAAUAAAGUUGGAAAAAAUGGGCAGCAUACCUUACAAAUAGAUAAAAACAAAAGGCCCCGAUUAUUUGAUUUUUUUUUCAUUUAAAUACUUUUUAUGCAAAAAAAAUCAGUAAUUGCAAAAUAUUCCACUGAGUGGUUGUAGCUGGUUCUAUAACCUUUCUUGUUUAAAUGAUCUCCAUUUUUUCAGUGCUAUAAAGAAUGUGAUAAAUGCCAGCUAUAUGGAGAGAUAUCUUUCCUUUGUGUAGACUGCAAAUGGCAUUUUGAGAAAAGUGACUUUAUAAUGACGAUAACAUGAAAGAAGUUGUUAGGUCUUCUCAAUUUAUUGCAUUUCACAGAAGCAAGUAAAGCAUGUAAUUCAAGGCAGUUUGUCCCUGCAGGCUUCCAAAUCAGCCAAUCAUCCCAGACCUCUUCCGCUGGGUGCUGAAGGCACCACGGUUCAUAAAAGGGGAGGAUUUGGGUCUUUGGACUGACAGCAUCUUGGUGGGGAGGGAGGGCGGAUGCUAAGUGCAUGUGUAUAAUUAGAAAUGGGGAGGGACUUCCCUGGUGGUCCAGUGGUUAAGAAUCCACCUGCCAAUGCAGGGGACACGGGUUUGAUCCCUGGACAGGGUAAGAUCCCACAUACCACGGGGCAACUAAGCCCGCGCACCGCAACAAAAGAUCCCGCAUGCUGCAACCAAGACCCGACACAGCCAAUAAAUGGAUAAAAUGGGGGAAAGUGCGAGGAGAGAGAAGAGUGGGGUGGCCUGAGGGGGUGAGGCCUGGGGACCCCAGGUGUGUGGAGGAGAUGGACAUGAGCACUGCUUGUUCAGGCUGAGGGGACACAAGCGUGCGUUUCUGCCCUGGACAGGAGUGGGGUGGGUGCCUUUGCUAAGGGGAGGACCCUGAAUUUGAUCCAAAUCACUGUGGGGAGCCUUGGAAGGUCAGUGAAAGAAAGCUUGGGAGCUCUUAAGAACAAGAGGAAACAGCUUUUAAUUUGUAUUUGUUUUUAAUUAAAGAUGCAAAUGAAAGGG